GGGGCCAGCCUCUCCUCCCACAGCAGAGACAGCCGCGGAGGGCUUUAUUAUCUGUAAAACCGACUGGACGUCUGGCUGAAAACACGCGGCUCCGUGUUUCACUCUCCUUACUUCAACUGCAUUCAUCCCUCAGAUUGUCACUUAUGGCGACUUGGCUUUUUCACAUCUGGAGUUUGUUGGUGAUCCUCGCGCCCGGCGGGGCUCACCUCGCGCGUCAAGUUGCCGGCGCGCGGCCGGAGGUGGAUGAGCGCGUCUCUGCUCAGGAGAGCGCGAGCCAGGACGCGGUCUCCGUCAACAUGUUCAAGCUGUACGAGAGGUACAGCGAGGAGCCGCGGAGCCACGCGGCGGGGAACACCGUGAGGAGCUUCAAAGCUGUCCCGAGAGUUUUGCACGGCAAAGAGUUGCUCCAGUUCAAUCUGUCUUCAAUUCAAAACUCAGAGAUCAUCCUUUCUGCCUCUUUUCACUUCCUUAACAAGCGGCCCCGUCACUACCAGAGGCCAUGGCAUUUGCGAAAGCCUCACCACCUAGCCAUUGGAGUCCGGCAUUUGCCCUCCUCGCAGCUCCUCUUCUAUGGAUCUUCCUCAAAUUUGGGUUUUGCAAUACCUCUUGGAAACAUUAGUCUCAUGUCUCUAAAGAAAGGCUCUUGGCAAACCAGAGAUGUGACAACAGUGGUGAGACAGGCUAGGGAUGUCAAUGAGCUUGUGAUCACUGUGGAGGUUGAUAUGGGCUUUGAGGCAGCAAGGAUUCAACAGAGAGGCCCCCUCAGCCAUGAACAUCUGUCUCCAGCCAACCAGCCAUACAUUCUGGUGCAUGCUGAUGAUCAAGCUAUAGACGAGCCAAACAGUGUCGCCUUGUCACUUCAGAGAUACGGGCCUUUUCCUGUCGGGGACGAUGCAUCCGCCGCCACUUCGGCUUCAAGGAUCCGGAGAGAGCUACAUCUCCAGAUUGAAACCAAUGACAUCCCAGAGGUUCAUUUCAGCACCUUGAAAAACCAUGAACUCUGGCAAAACACAUACUUCCCAGCUAAAGCAAAAGCUGAACUCAAAAAUGGGAGAAAGCACGACCAGGUGAGCAGUGAGGCCAUGAGAAAGCCCCAGGUUUUAAAUUUUGAUGAACGGACAAUGAAAAAGGCAAGAAGGAGACAGUGGAGCGAGCCCAGGGUUUGCUCCAGACGCUACCUCAGAGUGGACUUCGCUGACAUUGGCUGGAGUGAAUGGGUGUUGGCACCAAAGUCUUUUGAUGCCUACUACUGUGCCGGGACAUGUGGAUUCCCUAUACCUAAAUUGGCACAUCCCUCUAAUCAUGCCACCAUCCAGAGUAUCGUCCGAGCUGUAGGAAUCGUCCCAGGGAUCCCGGAACCAUGUUGUGUUCCAGACAAGAUGAAUUCCCUCAGUGUCCUCUUCCUGGACCCGGAUAGAAACAUGGUUCUGAAGGUCUACCCUGGAAUGUCCGUGGAUACUUGUGGCUGUCGAUAGGACCACCCAAUCCUCCAAGAAGUGUGAUGAUUGAAAAACAGAGCGAAAGACUGUACUGUUGACGCCAAAUGUGCAGGAAAUCACGUCAGAGGGAAGAACUGAGAAAUGGCCUUUUUUAUCAUACUUGUUCUUGUUUGUUUUCUGAUCUGACUGAACGUUGCCUUAAAGUAUGCUGCUCUAAUAACAGUUUUUAAUGCUAAUGUUUAUCACGUAUUCUGUUUUCACUUAUUUCUAUACAUUGCUUAAAGAAAGGAUGAGCCGGUUCCCUUAAAAAAACAUGUUCAAAUCUUUUUUUGUUUGCUUCCUGGAUGUUCAUGAGGGUUCUUUUUUGGGGCAAAAUAUCCAAAGUGAUUUUGUCUUAGAUCAAACCUUAGGCCUUAACUCAAGCGGACCUGGUUUUUGUAGGGUCACCUCAGACUCUUUAGGAACAACCCUGUGCAGGAAACUCCGCUGUUAGCCAUUUGUGUGUGGUUGAAGACGAGCUGGGUUUCAGCAGCUUUCCUCUCUUGGCUUUCAUCUUUCAUUUUAAGAGCUUUUAGUCAAGCUGACAAGCUGUAACCUUACGGAGAUUAUCAGAAACCGAAACUGCAGAAUGUUCAACUCUUGUCAAGUUAACCAUCUGUUGUCAUUUCUGUGGUGUGGUGACGUUUUAUCAUGAAUAAUGCAUCAUAAUCGCCUUUAAACCAGUUCCAAUAGCAUUGUUUCUGUGUUUUUCAUUUAAAGGUUUUAUUGGUCUUCCAUUGACUGUUCAAGCAUGUUAAUGUUUGUGUGGUUGCAUCUUCUGAGUCCUACAGUGAAAAACGGUGUGAUGCUGCCCUCUGCUGUGCAAGCUGAUAAACUGAGGAAUGAAAAACUUGGAGCAGCUGUUCCGGAUUUUCUUACAAAUGUAGCCCAUAAACAAACUUGUACAGGUACUGAUGUGUAAAAUAAUAAUGGCUUUUAAACAAUAACGAAAAUGUCCAAUGUAUGUAUUCACAAGUAUGUGACUAUAAAGUGUAAUUAAAUUGUAUUACAGUAGUGUGUAUACUUGAACAGAUUAUAUGGUAAGUUUAUGGAAGAAAAGGUUGACUUGUAUAUACAGUCAAUGGUAACUGUUGACUUUAUAUAAAAUUGAUGACUGUAAAGCUAAUAAUUCUAAUUUUCUUUUUUUAAAUACACUAUUAUGAAUUAAGUGAGGAUUGUGUUUUUCAUUUGAACAAAUCUGUAUGAAACUAGAGUGUGAAUCUGGAAACAAAGCAUGUGCAGUUUAUCCCUAUCUAUAUCUUUUAGGGAUUUUUGAAAAUAUAAAGAUUUUUGUUAAUUUAGAUCUGUUAAAACUAUAUUUAAAACCCAAAUUACACAAUGUCCCCAACUUGAAACUCAUUCAAUGAAAGAAAGCAUGAAGCUCCAGUCACACUAUUGUUUGUUUUUAUACAAUAGACAAUAAAUAAAUAAAUAAAACAGCUUGUGCUAUAUGAGUCUACAUGUGGAAAAUUAAUUGGGCUUUGAGAAACAUCAA